UCAAAGAAGUGUUCAAUAAAGUCAGUAAAAUGUCAUCCACAUCAUUGCAACAAGAUAAUCAAAUCAAGAUUUGUGUUCUCAAAUCUAAUUUGGAAGAAAUAGGAAAGGAGUUAAUUAUACAAAAUUCGACAAUACCAUCACUGGACGAAGACAAUGAGAGUAAAUAUCGUGAAGCUAUGGAGGUCGUACAAGUUCUUCGUGCUAUCAACAUUGAGAUCGAGCUUCAGAAAGAAGAAAACUCAAGAUUAACCGCGAAGCGCAGACAACUUCAGAUAAACUGCGAAGAGAUGACCAAGUCAAUUAAUAGAGCACUGGAAAUCCGCAAUGAAAACGAAACUUUAUUGCAGCAAAUUGAAAAUGUAAUAGAUCAGAAAAUCCGUUCGUAUGAAGCAUUGUUACGUGAAAUAGCUGAUCGUUUUCGGAAAAUGUACAACGUUUAUAAUGAAACAGAAAUGAAAAAACAGUUAGAGAUGAUUGAUGACGACUUAAAUAAGAAUAAAGCAGAAGAAAGCAAGAUGUACAUUUUAGUGAAGGAGUUAGAGAUGGAAUUGUCCUCUAUAGUACCGGAUUUGCCUAAUAACAUUCUGGAUAUAUUGCGUAAAACGGCAUUGGAAGAUAAAUUGAAGACACUGAUAGAAAAAUGCAAAGAAAAACGAGAUAUACUUGAUCAUCUUCAGAAGAAACAGAAAUAUGGCUUCGAUUUUAAGAUUUAA